AGUCCUGGGUCGGGGGAGAAGCGAGAGGACGCGAUCAGGCGAGAUUCCCCUCGACCCGGGCCGCUUCUCCGGCUUCGGAAGCUGCGCGCUGCGUCCGGGGGCUCCUGCUCUUGGCCGGCGGGCGGCGGCAGCGGCUGCGAUUCGCAGGCUCGAGAGCCGUUGCCCCGAGAUCCGCUGCCCGCGACUUACCUCCUGGCACCUCGACGCGCGAGGGUCAGGGAAGCUUUGCAAAAAGCAGGAGGGACUGGAUGCAAGGAGGUGGCCGUGAAAAGGCCAGAAGAGGAGAAAGGAAAGGAAGGAGCGGAGCCGGGGAGCCGGGCUGGCAGUCGCCGCGGGAGGAAUCUGAGCGUGCGGCAGGCGCGGGGGGAGCGGAGGCCGCCGCGGAGAAAGCGGCGGCGGCGGCAGCAGCAGCGCGGGAGGGCGGGCGGCUGCGCGGACGCCUGCAGCUGGGUAGCUAGCUGAGCGCGCGGCGCGGCGGUGGCGGGCAGUGCGCGGCUAUGCUGGCCGCAGGGCUGGACUGCUGAACCCACUCGGAGCCAUCGCGGGACUCGACCUGGGAGGGGGCGCCAGCGCACCCAGGACGCGGUGCCCCAAGGGACCCCACUCCAAGCUGCGAACUGAAGCCCCCUGCCACCCCAGGACACACACAUCUCCGCGCCGGUUCUCUGCUGCCACCGCCAGCGUUCCAAAGGCUCCGGCAAGAUCUGUGCCUCUCGGGUCUCCCAACCCGCCAACCCGACUGCUCCGCAUCGUCACCGCCGGCCCCCGUCAGACUCCUCCCGGCAGUCGGCUUCACCGAACUUGAUUUCUCACCUCCUCGGCCCCAUCACCUCCAUCCCCUUUCCCCCCGUCUCGCCUCCACCCCCCCAAUUUCCUCCUCCUCGCCCCUCAUUUCCACCCUCCUCCCCCUCCCCCGGCCACUUCGCUAACUUGUGGCUGUUGUGAUGCGUAUUCCCGUAGAUCCGAGCACCAGCCGGCGCUUCAGCCCUCCCUCCAGCAGCCUGCAGCCCGGCAAGAUGAGCGACGUGAGCCCGGUGGUGGCUGCGCAACAGCAGCAGCAGCAGCAACAGCAGCAGCAGCAGCAGCAGCAGCAACAGCAACAGCAGCAGGAGGCGGCGGCGGCGGCAGCGGCGGCGGCGGCGGCAGCGGCGGCCGCGGUGCCCCGGUUGCGGCCGCCCCACGACAACCGCACCAUGGUGGAGAUCAUCGCUGACCACCCGGCCGAGCUGGUCCGCACCGACAGCCCCAACUUCCUGUGCUCUGUGCUGCCCUCGCACUGGCGCUGCAACAAGACCCUGCCCGUGGCCUUCAAGGUGGUAGCCCUCGGAGAGGUACCAGAUGGGACUGUGGUUACUGUCAUGGCGGGUAACGAUGAAAAUUAUUCUGCUGAGCUCCGAAAUGCCUCUGCUGUUAUGAAAAACCAAGUAGCAAGGUUCAACGAUCUGAGAUUUGUGGGCCGAAGUGGAAGAGGCAAGAGUUUCACCUUGACCAUAACUGUCUUCACAAACCCUCCCCAAGUAGCCACCUAUCACAGAGCUAUUAAAGUUACAGUGGAUGGACCCCGGGAACCCAGAAGGCACAGACAGAAGCUUGAUGACUCUAAACCUAGUUUGUUCUCUGACCGCCUCAGUGAUUUAGGGCGCAUUCCUCAUCCCAGUAUGAGAGUAGGUGUCCCGCCUCAGAACCCACGGCCCUCCCUGAACUCUGCACCAAGUCCUUUUAAUCCACAAGGACAGAGUCAGAUUACAGACCCCAGGCAGGCACAGUCUUCCCCGCCGUGGUCCUAUGACCAGUCUUAUCCCUCCUACCUGAGCCAGAUGACGUCCCCGUCCAUCCACUCCACCACCCCGCUGUCUUCCACACGGGGCACGGGGCUUCCUGCCAUCACCGACGUGCCCAGGCGCAUUUCAGAUGAUGACACUGCCACCUCUGACUUCUGCCUCUGGCCUUCCACUCUCAGUAAGAAGAGCCAGGCAGGUGCUUCAGAACUGGGCCCUUUUUCAGACCCCAGGCAGUUCCCAAGCAUUUCAUCCCUCACUGAGAGCCGCUUCUCCAACCCACGAAUGCACUAUCCAGCCACCUUUACUUACACCCCGCCAGUCACCUCAGGCAUGUCCCUCGGUAUGUCCGCCACCACCCACUACCACACCUACCUGCCACCACCCUACCCCGGCUCUUCCCAAAGCCAGAGCGGACCCUUCCAGACCAGCAGCACUCCAUAUCUCUACUAUGGCACUUCGUCAGGAUCCUAUCAGUUCCCCAUGGUGCCGGGGGGAGAUCGGUCUCCUUCCAGAAUGCUUCCGCCAUGCACCACCACCUCGAAUGGCAGCACGCUAUUAAAUCCAAAUUUGCCUAACCAGAAUGAUGGUGUUGACGCUGAUGGAAGCCACAGCAGUUCCCCAACUGUUUUGAAUUCUAGUGGCAGAAUGGAUGAAUCUGUUUGGCGACCAUAUUGAAAUUUCCUCAGCAGUGGCCCAGCGGUAUCUGGGAGCUGCAUCCCAAACGUAUCAAUAUAUACAUAUAUAGAGAGAGUGCGUAUAUAUGUAUAUCAAUGAGCUAUCUACAAAGUGCCUAUUUUUUAGAAGAUUUUUCAUUCCCUCACUCAGUCAUGAUCUUCCAACCAUAAGAGGGUAGAGAUACUGAGAAGCAAAAGGCCCGAGAGACACCAUCCUAUCUAGUUUCCAGGUUGUUUUCUACUUAAAAUGUACUUUUACAAACCAAGGAAAAAGGUAUUUUUUUGUUGUGGUGUUGUUUGGCCUGUUACCACAAAUCAUCUGUUCCUAUGGCAAGUCAGAGAGGCGGACUCCAGGUUCAGGAGGAAGAAGAGCAAAGCCACUUCCUCUCUGUGCUUUGAUACCACACACCCUCGUGGUGGCAGCUAUGUCUGGACCCGUGCACUCUGCAGACCAGCUUCCAAAACCGGUCGAGGUGCACAUCGGGCAAAGAUGCACAAAGGUGCACAAAGGGCAAAGAGGGAGAAUGGAUGAUUCCAUCACAGUACCAUCCAUUCUGAGUCACUGUCCCAAACUUUGCUUUCAGACUUGCCGUGAGUUCUCAUCUGAACUGUUUGGUUCAGGUUUUGUUCUUGUUUUUUUUUUUUUUUUUUUUUUCUUUCAUACUUUAAGAAA